AUGAUGUUUCUCUUCAAUGGUAUCAUCUUUCUGGCAGGAGCAGCGAUUCUGGGUGUGGGGAUCUGGGUGAAGGUGGACAGUGGGUGUGUUGAACGUGUGGGAUACCUCCUCAUCGCUGUGGGCGCUGUGCUGGUCAUCCUGGGCUUCCUGGGCUGCUGUGGAGCCAUCAGAAAGAAGAGAGAGCAAGUGUAUGCUGCUGCUGGUAUCUUCAUCAUUAUUCUGCUUGUGUUCAUCGCUGAGUGCUGUCGCUGGAGCCAUUGUGCUACUAGGGUCUUUAAGCCUCUGGCUGAAAACCUGAUUAAACAGGUGGGAACCGAAGUUGUGAAAAGCAUCAGAAACGAUUAUGGGAAAAAUCCGGACGUCACUGGACUAUGGAACACGACCAUGACCUCGCUGAAGUGCUGUGGAUUCAACAACUAUACGGAUUUCACAAAUUCUUACUUUGUGAACGACACCAAGAGUUACCCAUUUCAGUGCUGUCAUAGAGUUCCAUGCAUUGAGAUCACAGCUUUUAAUUCGACUGUACCAGGUUGUUUCCCGGCAUUGAAGAAGCUGGUAGACGAUAAUGCAGUUAUCAUCAUAGGUGUAGCAUUAGGCUCGCAUGCUCUUGAGCUUGCGGCGAUGAUUGUCUCCAUGAUCCUGUAUUGUAAAAUAGGAUCAAAACGGGAUUAA